AUGUCAGAUACAGAGGAAGAUUCAACCUGCUCGGAUAGCUGGCCUAUCACCGAGGAUUGGUUAAUGGAAGUUCUCAAGAAACAUCACGAGGUGCGUUCCGGAAUAAAAAUUACCGACUUUAAAGUGAAACAGGGAUGUCAAGAUGGGGUGAAUAAUCUAAGCGAUAUUCUAUCCGUAUCCGUGGUGUAUGAAUUUGAAAGAGAUGUCGGCGAAGGUACUGAACAAUCCUUGGAUAUUGUAGUAAAACUGCUUCCGCAGGAUCCAUUCAGCCGCUACUUUGUAACAGAGGCUCAAUUCGAUUUAAGGGAAAUCAAGUUUUAUACAAGUAUCCUUCCAGACCUAAUGGCAUUUCAAGAGCAGUAUAUCCCGAAGGAGCUCGGUAACAUGGUGAUAUCAGUGCCAACCUGUUUCUACACGCAAUAUGCACCAAUCGGAAACAACACUAAUACGUCUCUUAGCAGUCCCGAUUCUACAGAAAGUAUACUAGUACUGGAGGACAUGCGAUCUCUUGGUUACAAAGGAGCUAAUUUUACAACUGGUCUUUCCCUCGGUCAAACUGAAGCGGCCAUUCGCGCCAUCGUAACAGUACAUGCGCUCUCGCUGGGACUCAAGAUAAAAAAGAAAGUAGAUCUCAACGAGAAGUAUCCGUUCCUUUUCCAAACGACACGUGCAACUGAGAGCUACCAGCAGCUAGUCGAACAAGGAAUGCCUCAACUAACAAAAUUCCUUGAACUGAAACCUGGUUUUGAAAAUGAACUGAAAGCGUUGAGCAAGAUUCGUCCCAAAACGAAGCUUCUUAUAGAAACAUUACUGCAACCUAUCGAACCCAUGGGGCUGAUCACACACACGGAUUUCUGGUGCAAUAAUUUGUUGUUCCGUGGCGAACCGGACGACGAGCGGACCGACAGUUGCACUAUUCUUGACUGGCAGAUGGUAACGUACAGCCGUCCAACGAAUGAUCUUGCCUUGUUGCUGAUAUCGUCCAUUCCGUCCAACACGCGACGCCAGCAUACGUCCCGACUACUUGACCUCUACUAUGGGGCUCUAAAGUCCUACUGCCUUAAGAUGGAUGUCGAUAUUGAGGCGGAUCUUGGAUACAGUCGUAACAAGAUGGAUUGCGAGUAUCGACAGUCUCUACUGCUUGCGUUACUGUUAUGCAUCGGGUCAGUAGAUAUCGCUAUUGGUAAUGCGACCGCGGAGCAACGGCUUCUAGAUGUUUUACGGGACUUUUACGAAGAGGGUGUCCUGAGUCUCGAGGACUAUGUUUAA